AUUCAGCUGAGUUGGGCUUGGGCCGGUCGCGCUCAACAUGCUGAUCAAUUAUGCGUUUUUUGUGAUUUUUUCAAUAACAGCCCCAUUACUGACGAGCGGGGACGAAAUUUUGGGCUGCGGCGGAUUCAUCAAGAGCCACAUUCCCAUCGAGUACUCGCGCGUCGAAGUCGGAUUGUACACGAGGCAGGGAAGCAAGAAGGACGUGACCGACUGCGCCCCCAACAAUGGUUAUUAUUUCCUUCCGGUCGAUGACCACGGAGAGUACAUCCUCAGGGUGUCUGCUCCGGCCGGCUGGAAAUUCGAGCCUAGUGAAGUGGCCGUCAAUGUUGACGGACAGAACGACCCGUGCAGUUUGGGCAAAGACGUGAAUUUUGUCUUUGUUGGAUUUGCUGUGACUGGGAAGGUCGUAAGUGCUGGUAGUGAUGAAGGCCCAGAAGGAGUCACAGUUGCCCUCCAUGCCAAAGGAGCCAUUGAACCUUUGAUAAAGGUCAAGACCAACCAGGGCGGCACCUUCUCCUUUCCGAGAGUAGCCCCCGGCCAGUACGAGUUGCUGGCUUCGAGACAAGGAUGGAAAAUGUCCAAGGAAAAGGCGAGCCUCUCCGUCACUGCCGACAACUACAAAAUCGACGGCACCCUCACCGUCGGAGGAUAUCCUGUGUCUGGAAAAGUAACAAGUGACAAGGAACCAAUUGGAGGUGUCAGUUUUGUUCUGCAUGGGGAAAGUUCGAUGAAGACGAAGCCCCCUGGUUGUCUCGAGUCUCCGACCGGUCUGUGCAGAGUGGAGUCUGGACCGAAUGGGGAGUUUUCCUUCCCUGUUCUCCAACCUGGCGCCUACAGACUUGUCCCUCACUAUGCAGCCAGCAAAGAGGGAAUUGCUUUCGACGUCAGACCAAAAGAGCUCAAGUUCACAGUCAAACACGACAGCCUCACUCUGACGCCAGAAUUUCAAGUCAAAGGUUUCACUGUGACUGGAAAAGUGAAGUUCGCCAAGAAGGGCGCUGGAGUUCCCGAUGCCAAAAUUUAUCUCAACGGCCAACAGAGAGCUCUUGCGGGUCAGGAUGGAAACUUCAGACUUGAAAACAUGCAGGCUGGAAACUACAGACUGAGUGCAGUUGCUGAUAAAUUGGAAUUCCCUGUGAUCAACGUGAGGAUUUCGCCGAGCUCUCCCAUUCUUCCGGAUCUGCUUCCAUCGGCCUUUGCAGUUUGUGGAAUUGUCCAUCAGCAGGAGGCCCACCUUCCUCUAGGUGUUGCCUCUGGACCAAGAACUGUCCAAGCCGUCUCUCUUCCUGAUAAGGUCCGAGUGCUCAACACGCAAACUGAAGCUGACUCUGGAAUCUACUGCAUCAUGCUUUCUCCCGGGGAGUACAUCAUGUCCGUCCUGGUCACUGACAACGAAGUCAAGAAAGGGCUCAAAUUUUCACCCUCGACUCGCACCGUCAACGUGGUGGACAAGUCAAUCAGUGUGAUCGAUUUCUCCCCUCUCCGCGCUACCCUGUCAGGCCGAAUCAAGUGCAUUGGCAAAUGUGCGGACACCAUCACUCUGAUCCUCGUCUCAUUUGACGAUGAAAUUCCGCCUGCCAAGCAAACCAUCAAUGAGGCGACGACCUACACCUUCAAGGACGUCCUACCCGGACAGUACGAUCUACACAUCAAAUCCGAGCAGGGCAGUCUCUGCUGGAGGGACAGUGUCCAGAAGGUCACUGUCUCAACAGCCACAACAACAGUUCCUGAAUUCAUUCAGACAGGGUACACAAUGGUCGUCAAGUCCAGUCACGAUACUGCCGUUGACUACUUCAACUUAGAUAAUGUCAAGAUCGCUUCUCUUCAAAUGCACCGCGGUUCCAAUGAGUUUUGUGUUCCUGGUCCCGGCCCUUACAUGAUCGUCCCUGUCAGCUGCCAUGAAUUCCCAGCGCCCUGGUUCUCCUGGGAACUUGCCACUGGCCCUGUCGUCCUCGAAGCUAUCAAACACAAGUUCGGAGGAGUCAUCUACAGUUCUGAGCAGCAGGACGAUGUCAUCGUCAACGUCGCCCGAGAGGACGGAACCAAAGUUGCUCUGGGACCGUUGAAAGGAACUCGAGGGCAAAAUGGCUUCGAGUACAGAUUUGAGGUUCUGGCCAAGCCUAGAGAAGAACUGAAAAUCGAGCCGAGCGCAGACAAACUCAUUUUUGCUCCGGCGUCCAAGGUGGUCAGCACUGGAGAGGACUGUUUGGCCGACGCGGUAGUUUUCAGAGGAGAAAAGGGAUUUUUUGUCGAAGGAAGCGUCAACCCACCUUUGGAAGGAGUCGAGGUCAAGGUUUCUCAGGGCGGAGAGCAAAUUGCUGUUAUGAUCACUGACAAAUUAGGUCAGUACAAAAUUGGUCCCCUUCCAACUCCAAGUCCAGGAAAUGAAUACGAAAUUGUGGCUGAGCGGGAAGGAUAUCAAAUGUCAAAAAUCAAGAAUGGCGUUUUUGAGGCGCGGAAACUUGCCGAAGUGGUUGUCACUGUGACCGACUCAUCCGAUGGAUCGCCCCUUGCUGGUGUCCUCCUCUCUCUGUCAGGAGGCGAUUACAGGAAGAACAGCCAAGCUGGAGCAGAUGGAGUUCUUACCUUUUACUCCUUGUGGCCAGGAGAAUACUUUUUGAGGCCCAAGCUGAAGGAGUACAAGUUUGAGCCGCAGUCAAAGAUCAUCAAUGUUGCCGAGGGUGCUACUGUCCAGGUCAAAGUCAGUGGAAAGAGGGUCGCAUUCAGUUGUUUUGGUGCUGUGACUUCCUUGAGCAAAGAAGCGGAGCCUGGUGUCAUUCUGGAAGCAAUUGGCAUUGGCGAUUCCUGCAAAAACCAACAGGAAGAAGCAAUUUCUGAAGUCUCUGGACAAUUCAGAAUUAGAGGUCUUUUGCCAAAGUGUGAAUACUCGCUGAGACUGAAGCAGGGUGUUGAAGCCAAUCAGCACAUUUCCCGCAUCUCUCCCUCAAGCUUGAAAGUCCGAGUCGAGCAAUCGGACGUUUCCGACGUGAGGAUCAUCGCCUGGAGGCCUCCACCAAACUGUGAUGUGGCCGUCCAUGUGGUCAAUUGUCCCACUGGAGUGAAUUUGCGCGUCCGCCUGUAUAGGGAGUCUGAGCCCGACGGUCACAUUUUUGAAAAGAAACUGGAACCAUCCACUGUGCCGCAACAUUACUUCAUUCUGCCAGUAUUGCCCAAUGAUGGAAAGGCAUACUUUGUUCAGCUCGACCCUAUUGGCAAUCAACAGAAGAGAGUUGAAAGUCUGACCUCACAUUUCUCAGCUAAUUCUUCAUUCAGAUAUGUUCGACUUGAGUUGGGAGCCCCGUUGAUUGGCCCUUCCCGAGGUGACUCUCGGGAUGAAGAAAAGAGCACCAAGGGCUCGAUCAUCUUCUUCACCCUGGCGGCUGUCCUGGCGAUGGCCUACUUCAACCAAGACCACGUUCUGCCUGUGUUUGCUCAGAUCGGAGGGUUUGUUCGACAAGUGAUCGCCUCUGCACCCACCGGAGCCCCCUCGGCAAAUCCUGCACCCAUUCCGCUUGACGAUGACCUGAUGGUUGAGCCUGUGUCCAAAAAGAAAGCCAAGCUGCGCAAAGCCUAGUCUUCAAUUAUUGAACUUUCCAGUUGUAAGUGAUGAGAGGAGAAUGACCUUCUGAUUUUGCAUGUAAAUAGAGUAAUUGACGAUAGUUUGAGAUGGAACGAAAGAUUAAGUGCCACCAUUAUUUGUUACAAUAUUUCCUUUUGUUGUUGAUGGUUUCUGUUUUCUUUGUGUAUUAAAAGGAAGAAGUUUGAGGUGAAAUGUGAUUUGCUAAAUAAAAUAUUGUGUAUUUACCUCAUAAAAAAUAUUUUUGUUA